AUGGGGAUUAAAGGACUGACGACCUUUAUGGAUAAACGUAAAGGGUUGUUCUUCGAAGAUUACCAACUGCAAAACACAAAUCUUGUAAUAGACGGCAACAGUUUGUGCAGUCAGCUUUACGAUUUGCAUUGCAAGCAAAGAAAAAACAAACAACCGAACGUUCUGUGGCAAAAAUGCAACGAUUGUUUUGGUGGCGACUACGAUAAUUAUGCGACAGUUGUAAAGAAGUUUUUUCAAUUGCUUUUGGACUGCAACGUUGUACCGUAUCUUGUGUUUGAUGGGGGAUAUGAGAAGAGGAAGUUAAAUACCAUAUUGAGCAGAAUGAAGAUGAGAUUUGAGCAGGCAAAGAUAUUGGAUAGUGUGAAUGAACCAGAUAAAACUGUUUUCCCCUUGUUCUUAAGGGAAACUUUCAUUAAUGUUAUUGAUGAGUUGGGUUUAAAAAAGGCACGCUGUGAAUUUGAGGGUGAUAGCGAGGUUGCAAGUCUUGCUAUGGCCUUAAAUUGUCCUAUGCUAAGCUAUGAUUCUGAUUAUUUUAUGUCCAAUGCUUUGUAUAUUCCUUUCAAUACAUUGAAAAUGUCAAGGGAUAAAACAUACAGAUGCAUAAACUGUAAAGUUUAUAAAAUUGACAAAUUUCUUAAUCACUUUGGAGGAAUGGACAAAAGAAAUUUGCCAAUAUUGGCAGUUUUGCUUGGGAAUGAUUAUAUUAAAAGGAGUAUAUUUAAAGGGUUCUAUAAAAAUCUCAAAGUGAAAAAAUAUAAUAGGAGAGUUAAUGAGGAGCAACAAAAUAUUAAGUCUGUUAUAACAUGGUUAAAAAAUGAGACUCACGAUUCUGCUAUAAAAAAAAUUUUAAGUAAAUUUAAACUGGAUAAAAGGAAAAUUAUAGCUGAGAAAAUUGAAAAUGCCAUUAAAGGAUACAAUGUCCAAAACAGCGUGUUUUUACAGUACUUCAAACCAGAUAUAGACCAAAAAGCUGUUGACAACAUUAAAGAUAUUAAAAUUGAAUUUGAUAACAUUGAGGAGGAUAUUGACGAAGAGAUAAAGGACACUGAAAGUGAUGAAGACACUAUUUCCGGCAUUUACAAUAAAGACUUGAUGAAAAACUUGCCUGAAAUAUUUUUUGAAAAAUAUAGGGAUUGCACUUUACCACCAAGUUUUAUGGACAUGGUAGUUCAACACAAAUACUAUUGUAUUGCUAUGCUUGAGGACUACAGUCUCAAACCUGCUCAUUUUAUAAGUUUCCCAAUAGUUUCGGCAAUUUUUAAAAUAAUUAACCACAAUUCAAAAGAAAAUUUUACUGUGGUAGCCAGGUGUAAAACCAUGGAAAGUACAUAUGAAAACUAUAAUGUGCCUUUACCUGAAAAGUCACUGCCAUGUUUUAUGGACAUUCAAACUAUGGAUGAGAUAUCCAGAAAGCAUUUAAUGCUUGAAAUUUUAAAUAUUGACAAAUCCUUCAUAGAUAAUUGCCUUAAUCAUUUCCCUACAUCAUGGCAAAUUUUGCUUAUAGCUUUGAAGUAUAUCUAUGCCAAAACUAAAACUUAUACAUUUUACUCCAACAGCUUAAUAUUGUGUGCGAUUAUUUUGAAUUACUUUGACCCAAAAAUUGGAUAUAACAGAUCAACCUCUGCAUUUGAUAAUAAGUAUGGCAAAACAGUCAAACAUUUAAAAGCUAAACUACAAGACUUUAAUAGCAUAACAAGUGGUUUGGAUAGUAUAACUAAAGAUGAGGCAAUAUUAUGUAUGGAUGGCAUUAUAAGUCAUUUUCAAAUGAACCCAAAGAUAAUGGAAGAUAAAUUAUUAUACAAGAGACAUACAAUCCACGAUUUGGCUGAAAUUCAAAGUUGUAUUUUGCAUUUGGUUUAUCUUAACUUACUACUGAAUUGCCCCUAUAAUAUCUUCAUGAUCUACAAGUUCUAUAACGGUACUUUCAUGUACAAUAUGUCGGAAAACUUUAAGAAAAAACAAAGCAAUCUUGACGAAUACAUGAAAACUUUGUUACAGAAAUGCCCAAAUGUUUUAAAAAUUUUUGAGUUAAUCCAGGAAAAUUUUAAACAUACUGUUUUUGCAAAUGAAAGCAGUGCUCCUCAGGGCCAAAAAAAGAGAAAGAUUAGCUGA